AUGGCCACACUUAGACUGCCUGAUGUAGUCCCUUCUCCAACCCAAGACAGUGAGAGACUUAGAGUAGCUUUACAAGGGUGGGGAGUGGACCAGGAAGUGAUAAUAUGGAUAUUGGGACACAGAAAAGCAGUUCAAAGGAAGAAGAUCAAAGAGACUUAUCAACAGCUUUUUAAAGAAUCCAUCAUUCAUUGUCUUCAAUCUACACUCUCUGGUGUACUUGGGAAAGCAAUGUCCUAUUGGAUGGAAGAACCGCCUGAAAGGGAUGCCAAGUUGGUAGAGAAGACCUUGAAGAGGGGGAAGGCGGGCAUCACUCAACUGCAAGUCAUUGUCGAGAUAGCAUGCGCAUCAUCUCCUAACCAUCUAAUGGCAGUCAGGCAGGCCUACUACUCUUUAUUUGAUUGUUCCCUUGAAGAAGCCAUCACAUCCAAAGUUUCAUCGUCUCUCCAAAAGGUUCUACUGGGCUUGGUGAGCUCCUACAGGUAUGAUAGAGAAUUGGUGGAUUUGAAUGUUGCAAAAUCUGAGGCUGCUAAGCUACAUGAAGCCAUUGAAAAGAAGCAAUCGGAUCGUGAUGAAGUUAUGUGGAUACUCAGCACCAGGAAUUUCUUCCAGCUCAGAGCAACUUUUAAGCAUUAUAAACAAAACUACCAAGUUCCUAUCUACUAG